AUGGCUCAGCUUGUUAGUGAUGGUAGUAGGCCUGACAAGUUCUUCAAGGACAAAGAUAUUAACUAUGUGGCCAAAACACUUAAGGAGUACAGUGGGGAGGUAGUGAGCCCAACUCAGGUGUACAACCAUAUGAGGAAAUGGAGGCAGAAGUGGGCUAGGAUCUGUAACCUAAAAGAUCUUAGUGGUGCCUUGUGGGAUAGUGAUGUCAAUGCUAUCAUGCUUGAGGCGAGCACUACCUAG